AUGAGGCGCUAUGUCCUGAACCCCUUUACCACGUGCGCUCCUCUCACACACCACUUACCCAGUAGUCGGAUUAUUCCGAUCAGCUUCUCACCCAUUUUCUUAGGCCAUGAGCGAGGCUACGCGAGUCAUCAGUCCACGGUUUCGCUGCACAGCCUCUUACGUGCGUGUCGGCAUCCUUUGGAGGACUUGGCAUCCUCCACGCCAGGGUCUUUGGCUGGGGCGGGCCUUCAGCUUCAGCUUCCACCCUUUUACACGUGGUCCUCCCGCACGGACCUUCUCUGCGAGCAGAUUGAAACGUACCUGAAUUGCAUGACGUCGACAGCACCGAUGCAUCCAUCCAAAGGGAAUCCAGAGCUGUCGUGCAUUGCGGCCGGAACAGCGGCGACGUCGCCAUUGUUUAUGUCUCUCCGCCUCUUCCCAGAUGCCUCGGUAGCCCAUCUCACACGACCAGUCCUUGUGAAUUCAAGGUGCCCGGCAGAGGCAGCCGAUAUGCAUCUUCAAACGAAUCCAGUCCACCCAAGACGAAUUAAACAAGCCCCCCCUGCACACCACCUCUCCUUGGAUGCGUUUGCCCAGGCCGAUAACCCAUGGGGGUCUGGCGUUAGCCUAGAAAGCACUUUUAAGCACGCGCGCAUAGGUCUCGAGGCCAUUCUUUCUCGAUUUGCGGCACGCUUACCUCUCGUAUUGGUGAUUCCGACGCGGAUUUUGGUGAGUCAAAAGUUUUGCGAGGCGCUUUUCACGCUCUUGGUGUCCUUCCAGAAUCGUGGAGUGGUGAGCGUGGCGCUGGAGCUCCCUCCGGCGUCUAUUCUCCACGAGCCCCGACCUUACGAAGCCCCGCAACAGGAUCGAGAACCAUGGGAGGGCUUCUGGUGUCGGCUACCCACCCUCUGCACGCCGUGGGAUGUUCUCUUGCGAGAUAAACGAUGUGGAAGGGUCCUCCGCCAUCAACUCGGGCAGCAUACGUUAAUGCCGUUGCACGUGUUAUUUCCCUGGAUGGUACGAGAGGGAUUUUGGCGAGAUGUGGAGACGGGAUUGGUGGUGGAUCCCAUCGCCCCGUUGCCGGGCCUGGCGUGGGCGUGCGCGGAGCGCGAGGGGCCGGAUGAUUUCUUAUCUCCAGAUCUUCAGAAGCCUCGUCUUGAGAAGGAAAUGACGGAUGAGGGGGGGAAGCCUUUUUCCGUGAACCCCAACUCCCGGCAGGGUGAUUCUACCGCCGCCAUGGCAACGAUGAGUCGCAUUCCGCAGUUGACUCCUUGCGCGGAAUCCUCCUCCAGUAGAUCCGGUACGACGGACCUUCACCUCGUUGAAAAGGCCUUCUUAGAAGCUCAACAGGGGCGACGGCAGGAGGCUGCGAAUCGUGAUCGAGCAUCGCCGAGCGCUAGCGAAUCAGCCCUGCGGGAGUCGGGCAGCAAUGCAGGCGAGGACGACGUGCUGCUCCUAGGGUGCCCACCGGAUUCGAUCAAGUCGUUGAUCCUCGACUCCAUUCAAUCGGAGCGGCCGAAAAUGGGGGAGGUCACCGGCUCCCUGCAAUCCAACAGUCAUCUCACCAACGUCUUUGCCCAGGUUGGAAGUUUGGUGAAGGAAACCUAUAAAUGGGAUGAGAAGCCAAGCUGUCGUGAGAGCGAAUCCUCUAGGGAAGCGGAGCUGCUGGGGCUACAAAACAUGCUUGAAGAGUCUAACAAAAAGAAUGACUUUGAGUCAUUAUUGAUGCAAAUGGAAUGGGAGCUUCAGAAUAGUCGACGAUCAACCGAGCGGAACCAUCGCAAAAUGAAACUUGAAACGCGUGGGUCUUGUGAGGAUGGGAAGGGCUCUCUCACAAACUUUUACGGAGAGGGCUACUGGCGCUGCUUGAGUCGACUGCAGGUGCUUUUGAACGACCCUACCACGGUGUGGUCGAUGCCUACGCUUCAUUCGCAUCAAGUUUCUCUCUGGGAGAAGGAGGCAAGGUCGAGGAGCACGCUAUUUUCGUCGUGUGGCGAAUCCGAUGGUGAAGAUGAUACGAAAGCCACCAUUCCUACCGCGCAGAGGGCUCUCUUCAUCCCAGUAGUCCCGCCUUUGCUUUCUUCGAUUGAGUUGGAAGGGCAAAGGCGACUGCGGGAUGGAACCUUCUCGUCAUUGCCGCCCUCACCAGGGCCUCCCGAUCCGCUAUGGGGAUCUUUCUCAUCCACUCCUGAAGGAGAAGCGGAGGAUGCCGUUAGCCUUGCGCGUUGGUUGCCCCCCUCAUUGGAGUCUGCGUUGGCGGCGACGCUGAAUAAGUUGCCGAUGGGGUAUCAAUCAGCCUCCCUCACGCGCAUUUUAGGCGACUACCGCCGAAUCCCACCUCACCUGCAUCAAGAGGAGGAGAGGGGCGAGGAUAACAUUCACUCCGGCAACGGCGAUGCGGGAGAUGGAGAUGCGUUAUCACCGGCUUCUUCCUCUUACAAGGGGGAUGGGAUUCGUCUUCGAUGUCGUGUGAGGCGGCGGCCUUUUUGGUAUGACGACCCUGAACGGAUCGCAGCCUCACAGGAGGCCGCCGUGUGCGAGACGGGGUCCCCCUCUGAGGUUCGAAAAACCGAAGUUGAAUUUCGCGCGGUUGUCGUCGACGGUACGUUGAAGGAGAUGAAGGAAGUCUUUGGUGGGCAACCCCAAUCCGCCACGAUAGGCGGGGGGUUGAUGGCCCUUGCCAUUCCCAUUCCAGGGCUUCCCUCGCACGAUUUAGUGGCUUCCUGGCGCGCUCUUUGUGAAUAA